ACAACAAUUUCGCAGUUUUUCCACGAAAAUUUCCCGAUAUUAACGACAAAACACACGUAAAAAUGCUCAGUAACACAUCGUCGAGUGGCGAAGGAGCUGCCGAAUCCACAAAAUCGAGCGGCGUACGGAAAUUAGUGAAACGCAGCACCAACAAAGACGGAGUGCAGAGUCAUCAAAAGCCUCGGAUGUCGAAGUUGGGCAUGAAAAGUGGCGACGAAAGUGAUUCAAAGCUCACGAAACGCGGCGUGAGACGUCUGGGAGGCGAACACAAGACCCCCGAAUCGUCAAAUGUGUCGUCGGUGGCGGGGGGAAGUGAUAGCGAAUGGAGUGAUAAGAAUAGUUCGGUGACGAAACGCUUCGAUGCGAGUGUGGCAGACGAAUGGAAUCGAAAAAGUGCAACGACGGACAUGAGUUGGGAUGAUAAUGCGACGACAGACGAUACGUGGGACGAUCUGAAAGACUUUGAACCGGUUUGUGUGAAGAAAAAAAUGUACAAAUGUGGACCUGUGGAGGAUGAAGCGCAAGUUUUUCCGCGAUUACAGGCUCCGGGGACAUUCCAAACGCCGAAAAAGGACGAGGAACGACGUUUCAAGAACCCAGAAAUGAAUUUUAUGAAGCAAGAAAUCGAAGAAAAGUUCGAAAGUCCCACGAAUUUCAAGCAGCAAGAGGCAAAACCUUCAUUUUUGGACCAAGAACGGUUUGCGCAACAGCAACAACAAACGUCUCCGCAACCACAAACGAGCUGGCUUCGAAGCAGUUGGCUGGGAAAUGUCUCAAAAAGUGUCGCUUCUCUCACAGCAGUUGUGUCGCAAAAUUUAUCCGCAGCUUUAGAUACGUCAGAUUCGUCGUUCCAACCACAAACUGAGGAUCUGAGACAACUAGUCGCGGAACGUUUAAACCAAUCUGCCGGAGAUCCCGAAGAAAGUCCCCGAAAAGGUGGAAGAAAGUACUUACACAAAGUCGGAAUUGACGAUGACAUUCGACCCGUUUACGCUUUCCAACAAAAAACUCAUGACACAAAUCGACAAACGGAAGUGCCUUCAACAGUUGCUAAACCACAAAAACUGGAAACUGCCGAUUUCUCAAGGAAACAAGGUACAAAUCAAUCAAUAUCAGCGAAAAAAGAAUCAAAAUCAACCACAGACGAUUGGAACGAGAGUUGGGAUCAAGAUAAUUUCGAGCCUAUUGUGACAAAACCUCAAGCAAUUCGGAAAGUUGCGAAGAAAGUCGACCAAAAAACGGCUACUCAAGGAUUUUUGCAGCAAGAAGUGACGAGACAAGAAGCCCCCGUGAUGCGAAAAGAACAGAAAAAAGUAGAAAGUGCUCCGAAAGUUAUUGAAAGUCGCAAGGAAGAGGUGAAAAAAGAUAUUUUAGACAAAGAAAAAGAUAUUAUUCCUGUAAAAAGAGAUGUCGUUUUAGAAGAAUUAACUAGUCAAAUAAUGCCGAAAGAGGAAGUAACGGAACAAAAAAUAUCAAAAACAGAAGAAAAAUUACCAAACCUGUUAGAAGUUUCUCCAAAAGAGAUUGAAUCAGAGUCAUGGGAUGCAUGGAAUGACGAUGAUGAGGAAAUUUCUGAACCGAAAGUUGAGGAAAAACUUCAUACGGAACCAAAAAAAGUCGAAAUCGUACAAGAAACACCCGAAAUUCACAAGAAAACAGCCGAAACUGAAGUAAAAGAUGUUGAAGCUGAUUCAUGGGAUGCUUGGAAUGAAGACGACGAACCUAUUGUUGAACCAGUUUCUGUUCCAAAAGAAGAAAAAGUUGAAGAAAUGCCUAAAAUUGAACCGAAAGUCGUUCUGGAAGAACAAAAAUUAGUUCAAGAAACAGAAAAUUUUGUUCAGGAAGGCGAAUCUUGGAACGAUUGGGCUGAAGAAGAACCUGUUUUGGAAGACAUUCAACCAAAAAUCUCUGAAAAUGUCGUUUUAUCAACAGAAAAUGUUCCAGAAGUUGAAACUAAAGAUUCAUGGGAUGCAUGGAAUGACGAAGACGACCCUGAAAUUGAGGAGAAACCUGUUAAAAGUGAAGAAAAAUUCGUUUCUGAAGUUCAUCCCUUACAAAAAAUAGAAGUUACUGACGUCAAAUCAUCAGAAAUUGAACUUUCUUCUGUCGAAAGUCAAGAAAAAUUAAUUUCUGAAGUUUAUUCUUUACCAAAAUCGGAAGUUACAGAUGAAAAAUCAUCAGAAAUUGAAGUUUCUCCUGUCAAAAGUGAAGAAAAAGUCGAAAAACCAUCAGAAAUGCCGGAAAAUCAAGAGAUCCCUCCUCCUGAAAAUGAUUCAUGGAACGAAUGGGGCAACGACGAUGAACCAAAAGUCGAAAUUCCAUCAAUUCAAGAAAUUCCUCCGACUCCAUCGACGCCUGCUGAUGACUGGAAUACAUGGGACGACAAUGAAAAAGUGCCCGAAGUCUCUCAAGACGUAACAAAAGUACAAAAUGACGUCCCUGAAGUUGUUGAAACUGAACUUCCUCCCAUUAUCGAACCAGAAAUCACGAAAAAGGACAUGUACAAAUGCGGUCAUGAGCUCGAAGAUGCCCCUGAAUCGCCCAAAAUCCCCCUUGAUACGCCACUAAAGAUCGCUAUCAACGAAGAGGAGCAAGAAUGGAACGACUGGGACCAAGAAAUGAUCGUUGAGACACCCGUCGAAGAAGAUCCAAUUGUCACUUUGCACACUCCCGUCACCGAAAUGCAUCUUUCGAGCAGCGUAAAACCGAGUCAUUUGCAUUCCCCGCCGUACACAAUCGAUAAUGAACGUGUUCGCGGAGGACGAGGCAGCAUCUGUGAGUUCGAGGAAUACAUUCCGCCGCUGGGAGAUAUGACAAAACAAGAAAUGGAGGCACGAAUAAAAGCCUCGUUGAGUGUCGAGAUGAAUAAAUUCUUCGAACAAACCUCGGAUAACGAAUGGAAUGAGAGUGAAAGUGAAAUGGUGUUCGAGGAAGAGAACGAAUUACCAACUUUGCCUGUAAUUAGGGAAGGAAUCGUCUCGAAUGAUUGGCUAAUGGAGGAAAAACCGGCGCAGAAACAAGUUUCAAGCUUAUUAAAGGCCGAAAAUGACCCAAUUCCGGUAGAAGAAGCACCAAAAAUGGAAGAAACGGACAAAAAAUCGAAAGAAACUGACACAAACUUGCCAAAAAAUGACAAAUUCAGCACUGACGAUGCAGUAAUUGACCUUCCAGAAAUCGAUAUUGAACCAGAAGUCGUCAAAAAGGACAUGUACAAAUGCGGCAGUGAAGAGGAAACACAAUCUGAGGGCCCAUUGUUACUCUCUUCCGCCACAACUCACAUCGAAAUACCUCCAAUACAGGAAAUUGUCGAAGAAACUGUCGAAUACACGACUGUCAAGGACCAAUGUUUCUCUGUUCCCGUACCUUCUGUCAUCCCAUCCAUGUCUGAAAGUCUUGAAAGUGCCCCGAAAGAGUCGAAUUUGGAACAAAAACCUGUUGAAUCAUCAAAAUUAUUGACAACCGCAUGGAAUGAAGACGAUUGGGGAAGCAAUAUUUCAGAUCCAGGCACUUCCGAACAAGUUAGCGACAGUGAAAGUGACGAAAAUGACGAAGAAGAGGCUUUAGAUGAGAGCCAUCCUGAUGUUCGACAGUCAACGAAGCAAAAAACCGUCGAAGAAUGCAUAAAUUUGUUGAAACAAAAUCGUGAAAGGCUGGAAGAGAAGCAACGCGAACAAGAACGUCUCAAGGAACAAACCGUCGUUGAAUGCGGAUUCGAAGAAGAAUACAUGGAAGAACAAAAAAUGAUGAAUUUAGAGGAAAAUCGAGCCUCUGAAGAGAAACCUCGUGAAAUUGAACCCGAUUUAGAGUCCCAAAUAAUCCCUCAUCGUUCAGCUUUUUCGCCGGAGCCUCCGCAACAAACUUCCGUUUCAUGGGAAGAUGACGAAGAAGACCUCAGUUUAGUUGUUUCCAAUUCCGGACCACGUCCUGAAGCGCCUACGGGACAAGAUUCACCAAAACCUCAAGUUUUAUCGGCUUCCAUGGAAGACGACGAGGAAAAUCCCGGAGUUGAGGAGCCAAUUGUCGUUAGUCGUGACAUGUACAAAUGCGGAACGCCCGAAAUUGAGGAAGCAAACGCCUUUGAUGAGGAUCCCAUUGAAACAUUUGAGUCCCGAAAAGUAGAAGGCUCGGAAAAUAAACGCCCUGAACCAAUAGGAGCCAGUUUGGAACAAGAAAUUGUCUCGGCAUCACCUUUGCCGGAAGAGAUUGAACCAGAAAUUCAUCAAGAAAAGGUCGUUUCUGAUGAUUUUGAGGUUAAAAAUGAAGUUUUUCACGAAGAAACGACAGAAGAUGCUGGAUGGGAUGAUUGGAAUGACGAUGAAGAGCCUCAAGAAGUUGAAAAAAUCGAAUCUAAACAAGAAAUUCAACAAGAGUUACCGAAAAAUGAGUCAGCAGAUGCAGAUGACGAUGAUUGGGGAGACAAUUGGGGCGACGAGGAAGAAGAAAACGUGAAACCACAAGAGGAAAGAAAGGAAAGUAACGACAAGGAAGUGACUGAUGUGUCGGCAGCUGAAGCAGAAACCUCUAACGACAACGAUUGGGAUGAUUUUGACGCCUGGGGUGAAGAAGAUCCUGCUGUUGAAGACAAUUUCCAAGCUUCUGACAGGGAAAUUGUUCAAGAAACGCCCGUUUUUAAGGUACCUGACGCUCCAACUCACACAAAUUACGAAACUCAAGAAGAAAAAGCAAUCGAAAACGUCUUUUCCAAGUUAGAAAACAAAAAUCAAUGGAACUGGAAAACGAAUUGGGGCGUAUCUCUUCUCGCGAAUGCCUCUAAAAACGUCGCCAAUCUCACAGCACAAGUUUCGCAGAAUCUUACGAGUGCCCUCGAUACCGGACUCAUUCCACAACCGGAGGAAAUGGCAAAAAUCAUUCAAAAAGACGAGACCCGUAAACGUACCGCAAGCGAAUCUAGUCAAAAAUCCCGACAAUCGAAGGAAUCAAGUGUUGAACCCACGAGCGAUCACAACCAAGAAUCAGAUCGAUCUCGAAAAUCAUCCGUUGAAAGUUUACCGGAAUCCCGUCGAAACCCAUCUUCAUUCAUUCCCUUGACGAAUCUCGUAACGGGCGUCACGCAAAUUAGUAGUAAAGUCAUCACAGGAGGUUUGGACACGCUCGAAGGUAUUGGCAAGAAAACUUUCACCAUGAUUCAGGAAAAUGUCAAAGACGUCGAUCGAAAGGGUUUGAGCGACUUACUGAACGAAGCGAAGUUGGAAAAUACUCCAGAAGCACCGAAAGCAAAACUUCCCGAAUUUGAAAUUAUGUUCGACGACUAUAAAGGUCUCGUUCAUUUGGAAGCUCUUGAGAUCCUGGCAACACAAGCAACUCUCAAAAUUGAAAGAGCUUUGGAAGAAUUAUCUGGCGAUGAGUUAAAAAAGAUGGAAGAAACGUUGCAAGAAGUCGAAGAACUUUCGGCAGUUCCAGAUUCAUCGGAAAUCGAAGAUACCGAAGGCAGUUUGGAGCAAGUUGAGGAUCGUUUACUGUUCGCAGUGCGAGAUCUCGAUGUGGAAAUCACGUUCGAAGACAUUCAUCAAGCCUCGAAACGGAUCAACAAAUAUCUCAUGAGAAACGCACCGAAAGCUGAUGCGAAAGAGCUUUACGAGAAAGCACUUGACGCAUUAGCGGAAUUUACGGGGCUUGCAAUGGGCAGAUACCAAAAGCUGGCGGAACUUUUGUCAGUUGCUGAAUAUCAUAGUACUGCGAGUGAAAUUGAUGCCCUUACAAGUUUAACAAGUAUCUUCUACUGGCAAAUCAACAAUAUCGCAAAUCGUUUCAACAAACACCUAAACAACCUCGAAAAAUCCGAGGAAAACCAACAAUUCAUCACGAACAUUUUCCUGGAGGCUUCCAACGCGAAUUCGUAUGUCGCGCAGGCCUUCAAACAAUUCACGCCAAUUUUGAAAGUUGGUGCCACACGGUAACUUUUUAUUUUAUGAGAAAGUCUAUAUUGUUAUCACUUAUGAAUUUAUUACAAGAGUAAGGCGUAAUUUUUUGUUGUUUUUGUAAAAGAAUAAAUCGAAACAUAUGAAAUGCA